GAUUGAUCUCGGGUGGCAUCAGGUGCCCUAACCUGCUGAGCCACCUUAGUAGCCCUUGUCAGUACCUUUCAGAAAUAGUUGAUUGGUGUUCAACUAACACACAGUAGGUUUGCACAUGUUCAAACCAUAGAGCGUAAAGUAGUUAUGGGGCCCUUUAUGUUUUCCCCAGGGAGCUGUGGUAGUUUGUAUUUUCACAGGGUCCAUCUAUUUUACUUAAAGUCAGGUUUGACAGUUUUCCUUCGAUGGUGCUUAGGAGUUGUUCCAGGUGGAUCAAGGUGGAGGCGUGAGAGCUGGCUCAGUGUGGACAGGCACUGGGACUGACUUCAGAUAAUCAAGCAAAAGCAAGAUGAGCUUCCUUUAUGGACUGCAGUCUGCCAGGAGAAACUGUUUUCUCUCUGGAGUGAAUUCACUGGCCAACAGGAGACAGUGGAACCCACCCACAGGCUGUGCACGAAGGCCCCAAGCAGUCAAUGCGAGUCUGAGGCUCAACACAGGCCGUCAGUGUCACUCGGGAACUUCACUGCCUGGAAACUUCCAUUUCUGUAGGACUCUCAGUGGCAAAAACUCAGGAUGCCUCUCCAGUGCCCAAAGCAAGGUGCGGGUGGUUACCUACAGACACACUGUGUGGGCUGAUUGUGUUUCAAGACAAGGAUCGAGGGCAGUGGCUGCUAUUCCUGCACUUGCAGCCUCGUGCACUCUGAGCUGCCUCGCCGUAAGAGCUGCCCGGAGUUUCCACACGUCUCCACCGGUUCAGGCCGCCCCAGUCCCUCUCUUGCUGCUCAUUUUGAAACCAGUGCAGAAGCUCCUUGCCAUCAUUGUAGGCAGGGGCAUACGGAAAUGGUGGCAAGCACUUCCUCCCAACAAGAAGUUGCUAUUUAAAGACAGUGUGAAGAAGAACAAGUGGAAGUUGCUCCUUGGUCUGAGUGCAUUUGGGCUGCUGUUUGUGGUGUUUUAUUUCACUCACCUGGAAGUGAGCCCUGUCACCGGAAGAAGCAAACUGCUGUUACUGGGGAAAGAACACUUCAAACUUCUGUCAGACCUGGAAUACGAAGUAUGGAUGGAAAAGUUUAAAGGUGAUCUUCUGCCUGAGAGAGACCCCCGAUACCUGACUGUGAAAGAAGUGGUGUAUCACCUAACACAGUGCAAUCAAGAUGUCCCAGGGGUCGCCGAGAUCAACUGGGCCAUUCAUGUGGUUGAUUCCCCAGACGUAAAUGCCUUUGUGCUUCCAAAUGGACAAGUGUUUGUCUUCACGGGGCUUUUGGACAGCGUAACUGAUGCGCACCAGCUUUCCUUCCUUCUGGGCCAUGAGAUUGCACAUGCGGUACUGGGGCACGCGGCAGAAAAGGCUAGCUUGGUUCACUUACUGGAUUUCCUUGGCAUGAUUUUUCUCACAAUGAUUUGGGCUGUUUGUCCACGAGAUAGCUUGGCAGUUCUGGGCCAUUGGAUACAGUCAAAGUUGCAGGAGUAUAUGUUUGAUAGACCAUACAGUAGAACAUUGGAGGCUGAAGCUGACAAAAUUGGACUACAGCUUGCUGCAAAGGCGUGUGUGGACGUAAGAGCCAGCUCAGUGUUUUGGCAGCAGAUGGAGUUUUCAGAGAGUCUUCAUGGCUACCCCAAGUUGCCAGAGUGGCUGUCGACACACCCUUCUCAUGGGAACCGAGCUGAGUACUUGGACAGACUCAUACCACAGGCUCUCAAACUUCGGGAGGCCUGUAACUGCCCACCGCUCUCCGGACCAGACCCGCGGUCACUGUUUAAACUCACUGUGAAGCGUUUUCUUGAAGACUCGGAGAAAGAGGACUUAAACAUCACCGUCAAGAAGCAGAAGGUAGAUGCUCUCCCCAUUCAGAAGCAGGAGCAGAUCCCACUGACAUACAUAGUUGAAAAAAGAACUGCAAGUUGAACUGAAAUGUAUGAAACUUGGGGUAUAUGAAGAGUACGGUGACCCUCAUCAUUUUUAUGCAACUCUUAAAAAUGAUGUUUUAAAUAAAAAAAUGGGUAUUCAAGAUCAAGUCAUAUAUAUUAUAGCUGUUAUCUGAAUUUUUCUAGAUUUUUAUCUUUCAUGAAAUAUUGAUGUAUUUUAAAAUACUGCCAAUGAGGAAAACGUCACAGAAUAAAUUUAUAUUACUCAUU